AUGCAUUUAUUUAGCCACAAUUAUUUAUUUCCUUGGUCCCAACAUAACAACUUGCAGCCUAACGGAUUCAGAAUUAGAAACAUCUUUCUGACCUUGAUUCAAAAUGCGUAUAAAUCAAACGCCGGAGUCAUUGUGGUGCUGCUUUCAAUUGGAGGUGGUGCCGGCAGCUACUCCUUGUCAUCAGAUGAUGAUGAUGCUAGGAGUGUCGCAGCUUAUUUAUGGAACAACUUUUUAGGGGGAAAAUCGAAUUCGAGACCACUUGGUGAUGCCGUAUUGGAUGGUAUAGAUUUUGACAUUGAGAUGGGUAAUGGUGCUCACUAUCCUACGCUUGCCAUGGCUUUGUCGGAACACAGUCAAGGAGGAAAGAAAAUAUACUUGGGUGCAGCUCCACAGUGUCCAUUCCCUGACCAAUAUCUCAAUGCAGCACUUACUACGGGACUGUUUGACUAUGUCUGGGUCCAGUUUUACAAUAAUCCUCCUUGUGAGUUUAGCUCUAGCAGUCCAAACAACUUUCAGAACUCUUGGAACAAAUGGACGUCGUCAAUUAAAGCUGGUAAAUUCUUUGUUGGGCUUCCAGCUUCGCCUUCUAGUGGAGAUGCUAGCAAUGGUUAUGUUUCACCCAAUGACCUCAUAUCGCAAGUUAAAAAAUAAAAAAGAAAGAGAGAAAAAA